GACAUUGAUAUUUCCUUUCUUGAAUAAUUUGUUGAUUUUUGGAUUGUGAUUGUGUCGACGAGGUUAGGUUAUUUAUUUGUACGAUUGUACAAAAGUUUUUUCACCAUUUUAAUAUUGUAUAAUUGAGGAUCACAGUGAACGGAGUUACAAUUCGCGAAUAAAUGAGCGCUUACUAUAUCCCGCGUACCAUCUGUAUAAAAUUCUUGUGGUCAAGCAUUGUUCAUGAUUAUCCUAAACUCUUUCGAUUAAUAUAUAGAUUAGAUGGCGUUUCCUCAGCCCAACGCUCAAAGAGAACUCACAAAUAGAAAGAUAUUGGAAGAGUUGCAACUGAAAAAGCAAAUGCUGUUAAAGCAGGCCGUCGCCCCGCUGACCGCCACAUCCAUUUCGCUCAGCCAGCCGAGCCCUGUCAAUCAGCUGCCUAUGUGCUCCAUUCCACCAGUUUCUGCUACUGCUGGAUUUCCACAAUUACCUGAAGCAAAUAUAGUUAACACAAGCCAUCGAGCUGCUUUACAGCACGCGAACGCCACAUCCUGUGGCUUCUUUGUCUCCCAAGACUCCUCAUUCGGUAACCAGAUCCUGCCUGUGUUGCCCAGGUUUGAUAACAAGUAAUGGGUGCUGUUGUGAAGUUGAAGACCUUAGAGGGCUAUUUACAAGAUCUGAAAGGAUUCUCAGAGCCAAAAAUAAAGUUAGAACAAUAUGAAACUCCAGCUCAUAUUGCAGCUGUCGCUUUAUACACAAUACAGACACAGUAUGAUGGAAUUGAAAACAAAUUAAUACUAGAUGCGGGUUGUGGGCCUGGUAGGCUUGGUCUUGGAGCGGCCAUGUUAGGAGCCGGAGCUGUCACUGCUGUAGACAUUGAUGAUGAUGCUUUAGAAGUUUUCACUGAGAAUGUGGCUGACAUGGAAAUUGCAAAUGUUGAUGUCCUGCAAUGUGACUUUCUGAAUACAGGCUUUUGUAGAUUACAAAACUGCUAUGACACGGUGCUAAUGAAUCCUCCAUUUGGUACUAAAAAUAAUGCAGGAAUGGAUAUGAAGUUCCUGCGAAAAGGGCUUGAUCUUAGCUGUGAUAGUGUUUAUUCUUUACACAAAUCAUCCACAAGGUCACACAUACAGAAAAAAGUGAAGGAAUGGGGGGUGAGAGGCAGCGUAAUAGCAGAACUGCGCUACGAUCUCCCCGCCACGUACAGGUUCCACAAGCAACAGUCGCGGGACAUCGCCGUCGAUCUCUGGAGGAUAUGCCAUCCGUCGUGACGACAACGACAUUAGACAAUAUAUAACAAAUAGAAACGUUUAAAGUAUUCGGUGAUUUGGUGGUAGGUAAUCAACUUGUCCUUAUAAUCAGGUGUUCAGUAGCUGGAGUCCAAAACCUAUUGAUAAAUAUAAAUGAACCUUAAAUCAAUAUUAUUAUUAAAAUAAUUUCAGCUACUCGUACAUUAUUGGCCAUUCCAAAGGUGGAGUAUUCAUAUUUUUUUUAAGAACAAUAUUACCAUCCUUUAAAUUAGGAGAAGCAUGUUUCCACUUGGGGCGGCUUUGCAAUUUGGUAAGGUGAUCAUGAGACCAAUUUUUCGAGAAAUCCACUAGUUUCCAGAAUUUUUAACGAUUUAUUGGAACUUCCAAUACUUAGUUAUUGAACAUAUGAAUUAUUAAACUGAUCAUAUUGUGUAUACUAACUUUAUUGCAAAUGAAAUCAUUAUAUUUAGAUUUUUGUUUUAAUCAGUAUAAUGGUACUUAUUCUAUGCUCAAUAUUUUUGAUUGCAUGGUUAAAUAAGACUGACGGCCUAAGCAACUUUACUGACAACAAUAUUUUGAAAAAUUAUCAGUAUAAACUUCUUUCUUGUCUUUUGUGAAACCGAUGCAUUCUAUUAUAUGAUUUACUCCUGUAAUAAGCACUUACCUCGUUCCUUAAAUGUAUAUAUGAAUGUAUUCUUGGGACAACUGUAAUUAAAAUAAGUUUAUAAUAA